GGAAGAAAAGUUUUUAAUAAACUUUCUAUAGUAAUUGGCAAACCCCAAAAAACGUUGAAUAGACCGAAGACCAACUGGGCGAGGCCACUGCAGAACUGCAUAUAACUUGUCAGGAUCCAUGGAGAACCCUGAAACGGAGAUAACAUAAACUAGGAAAGUUACUUGAGGCUGAUGGAACUCACAUUUGUCAAGUUUACAAAACAGGCCAUUCUAACGUAGUCUCAGAACGAUGAGUCUCAAGUGUGGGUGAGUGUAUGAGGAUGUCGUCUAAGUACACCACAACACACUGUUGCAACAUAUCUCGUAGGACAUCAUUAAUAAAUUCCUGGAAAACAGCAGGAGCAUUACAUAGGCCAAAGGGCAUUACAAGAUACUCAUAAUGCCCGCUCCUGGUGUUAAACAAUGUUUUCCAUUCGUGGCCCUCCUUGAUCCUAACGAGAUUGUACGCUCCUCUCAAAUCAAGUUUAGUAAAGACCGUAGCUCCCUUGAGGCGGUCAAAGAGUUCCGUAAUGAUCAGAAUAGGGUAAUCAUUCUUAAUGGUAAGACGAUUAAGACCCCUAUAAUCGAUGCAUGGUCUUAACUCGCCACCCUUUUUCUUCACAAAGAAGAAGCCAGCCCCUGCAAGAGAGCAGGAUUUGCCGGAUGAUCCCCUGCGACAGAGCAUCGGCAACAUACUCUUCCAUAGCACAAUUCUCUGCAACAGACAGAGGGUACACCCGGCCCCGAGGAGGAAUGGUUCCGGGUUGCAGGUCUAUGGCACAAUCGUAAGACCAGUAAGGAGGCAACGUACCGGCACGCACCUUGUCAAAAACAUCUAGCUCUUGACCCAUGUUCUGCCUACAUAAGUCUGAACGAGCCCUGGAGGAACACAGACCACUUGUUCAAUGAGUCUGAAGACAAACCGAUGUGUGACAGCCAUCUGGAGGGAGAAUGGUACCGUUUCACUGGAAUGGCUGGUGAUGCCAUGCCAACCUUCUGUAUCCCAGAGAACCAUUGCGGUACUCAUGCCCCUAUCUGGCUGAAUGGGAGCCAUCCGCAUGAAUCCGAUGGCAUUGUUCAACGACAGGCAUGUGCCAGCUUCAGCAACGACUGUUGUAUGUGGAACACCACCGUGGAUAUCAAGGCCUGUCCUGGAGGUUAUUAUGUCUACCGACUGACCAAGCCAAGUGUCUGCUUUCAUGUCUAUUGUGGGCAUUUCUACGAUAUCUGUGAUGUUAUAGAGUGCCGAGGAACGUGUAUGGACACUGGAGAAUGUAUGUGCGGAUCUGGGACAGUUCUAGGUCCUGAUGGUCAGACCUGUCUGGAUGAGAACGAAUGUGAACAUGAUAACGGCGGCUGUAGCGAGAUCUGCAUAAAUCUGAAGAAUUCGCAUCGCUGUGAGUGUGAAAAAGGACGUGUCCUGGGGGCGGACGGCAAAACCUGUGAAGAAAUUCAGGGUUGCCACAUCAACAAUGGUGGCUGCAGCCACACAUGUUCCACUGUUGGGGACAGAUACCAGUGUCAGUGUCCGCGAGGCCUCAUCCUGGCUGAAGAUAACCGCACCUGCCAGGUCCCUGUGCUGUGCAAACCCAACUCUGUAGAGGUUGCUGUGCCCAAGGACUUGGUGGGCGGCCUGGAACUGUAUCUGACAAAUUCAUCAUGCAAAGGUGUAUCCAACGGCACCCAUGUGAAUGUCAACUUCAGCCUGAAAACCUGUGGCACUGUCAUCAAUGUGGUAAGUGAUAAGAUUAUUGCAACCAACCUGGUUACUGGAAUGCCCAAGCAAACACCUAGCAGCAAUGGGGACAUCAUUAUCCGAACCAGCAAACUACUGAUACCAGUCACCUGUGAGUUCCCCAGACUAUAUACCAUAUCAGAGGGUUACGUCCCUAACCUGAAAAACUCUCCACUCGAAAUAAUGGGCCGUAAUCGAGGAUCCUUCCCAUUCACACUGGAAAUCUUCAAGGAUAAGGACUUUGAUGAGCCAUACAGAGAUACCCUUCCUGUGCUCAAGCUCAGAGAUUCCCUCUACUUUGGCAUUGAGCCCCAGAUGCGAGUAAAUAACCUGGAGACCCUCGUGGAGAGCUGCUUUGCCACCCCAACUUCCAAAAAUGAUGAAAUCCUGAAAUAUUUUUUAAUUCAAGAUGGUUGUGUCUCCGAUGACACCGUGAAACAAUACACAUCAAAAGACCAUCUGGCCAAACACUUCCAAGUACCAGUGUUCAAGUUUGUGGGGAAAGAUAACAAGGAAGUUUUCUUGCACUGCCAAGUGCUAGUGUGUGGAGCAACAGAUGAGCGAUCGAGGUGUGCACAAGGAUGCCGUCGGCGCAUGCGCAGAGAUGCUGAGAUGGAAGACAACACCAGCCAUGUGGCAAAUCAUAUUCUCACUGGAGGUCCCAUUAGAAUUGAUUUUGAAGAAUAAAUCCAAGAAUAUGGGGUGUUAGUAAAGGCUUCGAGUUCUGGGACGAGUAACAGCGAAUAUCCAUUUUGUUCAUUUUCACAUAUAUGAAUGCGCACAUUGUAAAUAUUUACAGAGGCUUGUUUUGUGCAUCAGAACAAUGGUGUAAAUGUUCAGGAAAGAAUACUUUAAAGGCAUUUUUAUACAUGCACAGUAUAUAUCCGCUGCUAAGCUCUGCAUUGCAAAAUCUGCAUGCAAAAUAAAAGUUUUGAAAACAAAA